AAGGAUAAGGGAGCGCUGAGGAGAAAACAACCCGCACAGCUGGCUGCGGGUAGCGGGGAAGACAAACACAAGCGGCUUUACUCUGCACACUGUUACGUGGCAACAUGGAACAAACUUUGGCACCUUUGCGGGAGGCUGUGCGCGAGCAGGGCGACUUGGUGGCCCAGCUUAAGGAGCAAGGAGCCCCCGAGUUGGAGGUGAAUCAGGCUGUCACAGAGCUGAAAGCCCGGAAGAGAACUUUAGAAAUGAAGGAGCUUUCUUUACAACCCAAAGAUGACGUUGUUGACAGGGUAAAGAUGGACGACACCUUAAAGAGGAGAUUUUUCUACGAUCAGUCUUUUGCCAUAUAUGGAGGUGUGGCCGGCCUGUACGACUUUGGUCCGGUGGGCUGCGCCUUGAAGAACAACAUCCUGCAAGUUUGGAGGCAGCACUUCAUCCAGGAGGAGCAGAUCCUGGAGAUCGACUGCACCAUGCUCACCCCCGAACCCGUCCUCAAGACGUCGGGCCACGUGGAUAAAUUUGCUGAUUACAUGGUGAAGGACUCCAGGACGGGAGAAUGCUUUCGUGCUGAUCAUCUCCUCAAAGCCCAUUUAAAGAAAGUCAUGUCCAACGAGACGUGUACCCCUGAGAAAGUGGCGGAGAUGGAGGACGUGAUCACCCAGAUGGACAACUACACUCAGCAGGAGUUGGGCAAUCUGUUCGUCAAGUACAACGUCAAGUCUCCCUCCACGGGCAAUGACCUCACCUCUCCUAUCUCCUUCAACCUCAUGUUCCAGACCUCCAUCGGGCCAGGAGGGAACACUCCCGGCUAUCUGAGGCCAGAAACGGCUCAGGGGAUGUUCCUCAACUUCAAGCGACUGCUGGAGUUCAACCAGGGAAAGCUUCCCUUUGGCGCCGCUCAGAUCGGAAACUCGUUCAGGAAUGAGAUCUCGCCUCGCUCCGGACUCAUCCGCGUCAGAGAAUUCACCAUGGCUGAGAUCGAGCACUUUGUGGACCCCAACGAGAAGGUCCACCCCAAAUUCUCAAACGUGGCCGACCUGGAUAUCCUGUUGUACUCCUCCAAGGCUCAGACCAGCGGCCAGUCGGCACAGGUCAUGAGGCUCGGAGAUGCUGUGGAGCAGGGCAUCAUCAACAACUCUGUGCUGGGCUACUUCAUCGGCAGGAUCUAUUUGUACCUGCUCAAAGUAGGUCUUAGCAAAGACAAAGUGCGCUUCCGUCAGCACAUGGAGAACGAGAUGGCUCACUAUGCCUGCGACUGCUGGGACGCCGAGUCCAAAACUUCCUACGGUUGGAUCGAGAUCGUCGGAUGCGCCGAUCGCUCGUGCUAUGACCUGUCGUGUCACUCGCGAGCCACCAAGGUUCCCCUCGUGGCGGAGAAACCCCUCAAAGAACCCAAGGUGGUCAAAGUAGUGAAGUUCGAGCCCAACAGAGGCGCCAUCGGAGCAGCGUACAAGAAAGACGCCAAGCUGAUCUUCGAGUAUCUGGACGCGUGCGACGAAUGCUUUAUUGGCGACCAGGAGAAGCGACUCAACCAAAGCGGAGAGUUCAGCCUUUCAACGGAGGGCAAAACGUUCAAGCUUACCAAAGACAUGGUCGCCAUCAAGAGAUUCCAGAAAACAUUACAUGUUGAGGAGAUCGUCCCCAACGUCAUUGAGCCGUCCUUCGGCAUCGGCAGAAUCAUGUACUCCAUCUUUGAGCAUUGCUUCCAUACGCGGCAAGGAGACGAACAGAGAACGUAUUUCAGUUUUCCCGCCACUGUGUCCCCGUACAAAUGCUGCAUCCUUCCUCUGAGCCAAAAUCAGGAAUUCACACCUUUUGUCCAACAACUGUCUGAGGCGUUGACCCGGAAGGGGGUGUCUCACAAGGUGGACGAUUCAUCUGGAUCCAUCGGGAGACGCUAUGCUCGCUCCGAUGAGAUCGGCGUGGCCUUCGGCGUCACCGUAGACUUUGACACAGUCAACAAGACGCCACACACCGCCACCCUGAGGGACCGUGACUCCAUGAGACAAAUUCGUGUCGAGGUGGACGCUUUGCCGGAGGUGAUUUGGUCGCUGGCCAACGGCGUGUCCACUUGGCCUCAGCUGGAGGUCAAGUACCCACUCUUUGAAGGACAGGAGACCAGCAAGAAGGAGUAACCACCAUUAUUCAGGGAAAAUCCUUAUUGAGGAGCCAUAACAUAUUUUUUAAAGGACUAGAAGACAAAUAUAAGAAUGUGUACUGAAUACUUACCACUAGCUGUCUCCCGAGGCACAUUACCCAUUCCACAAGACUUGACAAUUCCCAAAAUGGAAGUGCAACAAUAGUUGUGGCCAUGAACUGACUAUUUUUUACACCUCCACAUUCAGCCUUGUUCUAAUAAAUGACUCGUGGUUCUUUUACCCACUGUGUCCUGGAUUUGA